AUGUCUUCUAUUACAGCCAGCAGAACUCCGGCCUCUGGUCUUUCUGGCCAAGCAGAUACUAAUACUUCCCAUCCUUAUACCUGCAACACUUGUCAAGUGGCGUUCAGAAACAGCGAUUUACAGCGAGGACAUAUGCGCAGUGAUUGGCAUCGAUACAACUUGAAGCGCCGUGUUACCUCUUUACCACCCAUUUCUUCCGAAGUUUUCACCGAGAAAGUCUUACAGGCACAAGCUUCUUCCACCGCCGCAGCUUCGAAGGCCGCUGAAAAUGCCUACCAAAAUCAUCUUAGUAGUCAAAAACACAAGGCGAAGGCGAUGGCUGGUGAUGGACACAUGGAUGACGCAAGUUCCGUAAUGAGCUCAACAUUCUCAUUGGGAGAACCUAUGAAGACAAAUGGAGCAGCAGAUGAACAUACGAAUGCGCAAGUCGAAGAAGUUUCCAAGGGUAUCAAGAAGACCACCCUCGAGGACGCCGAAGGUUCUGCAAUUACGCCUACCGACGAUGACGUUUUGGAGGAUGACGAUGAUGCCCUUGUCGAGGUCUCUACAAGCCGAUGCUUGUUCUGUAACGAGGACUCAGCCGAUACAUCUGCUAAUGCUGCACACAUGGAACGUAUACACGGCAUGUUCAUCCCGGAGAAGGAAUAUCUGGUUGAUCUUGAAGGUUUAAUCGCUUUUCUUCAUGAGAAGAUUUAUGAAGACCAUGAAUGUUUAGGCUGUGGCAAACUCAAGCAAUCGAUUUUUGGACUUCAGACCCACAUGAGAGACAAACGCCAUUGCAGAAUCCGUUACGCUACCGAGGAAGAACAAAUUGAGAUUGGCGAAUAUUACGACUUUAGAAGCACAUACUCUGAUGAUGAGGAUGAUGAGGAUUCAGAAGAUGCAUUACCAGGAAAGCAAAAGAGCGGAGGCGUUAAACUUGGAGCCAAACGCCCAACUACAAUUGAUGCUGAAGGAGACGAAGAAAUGGAAAAUGGUGAUGGAUGGGAAACAGAUAGCUCUGAAUCUUCCUUGGAUUCCGCAGAUCUUACCGCAGUACCACUUGACGAGAGAACUCACCAGUAUGAGAAACUUCAUCAACAUCCUCAUCAUUCCCACACAGAUCCUCGAUCACAUCACAGCAAGGACGGAUGGCACUCACAUGCUCAUAAACACAAUCAUGCUGCAUUUUACUCUGAUUAUGAGCUUCACUUACCUUCUGGUCGUACCGCUGGACAUCGAUCAUUACAAAAAUAUUACCGCCAAAAUUUGGUCAAUCAUCCAUCACCAGAGGAGAGACAACGACGUGCAAUUGAGGCAGCUGAAAAUUCCGAUUCUGACGUAGAGCAGGAUGAACGUGUCGUUCGUCGCAAUGAGAGAGAACGUGGAAGAGCUCUUAUGAGUCGUGCAAAUGGUGGCCUCGGCAUGGCUGGCGUCACCGCUGAGAAGAGAAAAGAAGUCCAGGCAGCGGAGAAAAGGUCCAGAAAGGUGGAGACCAAUGAGCGACGUAAAUUUGAAUGGAGAAACAAUAAGCAGAACAACUCACAAAAACACUUCAGAGAUCCAUUGUUGCAAUGA